UCUAUCUCCCUCUCUCUUCUCCCCUUUAGCGGGUAAAUAUAUAUAAUUCCAUGCGGUGUUGUUCUUUGCAUCAGUUUCACUCAUUUCUUAAAAUUCUUCGAUUCGCUCUCACCUCGGUUCACUAGAAACUUCUCAUCAUGCUCAUAAUCGACUCUGUAGAAAAAUUUGACCAAACUUUGAAAGAAAACAAGGACAAACUUAUUAUAAUUGAUUUCUUUGCCACAUGGUGUGGGCCUUGCAAAAUGAUUGCUCCCAAACUUAAGGCUAUGGAAGAAGAGUUUAAAUCGGUCCUCUUUUGCACGGUAGACGUUGACGAUGCAUCUGAGGUAGCAGAGAAAGAGGGGAUCCAAGCCAUGCCAACAUUUAAAUUCUACAAAGGAGGUGAAGAAGUUGAGGAGAUAAAAGGGGCAAGUGAACCGAAAAUUAGAGAAGCAUUAACAAAAUAUUCAAGUUAACUUGGAUAAAUAUUUCAUCUUUUAUAAUGAUUAAAUAAUGUUAUAUCACAAUUUAAAAAUA